ACCCCAUAGCAACGCCUUAAAAUACCUCAUCAACCUCGGUUGAUGACUUAAAAGGACUUCGCAACGGAUUUCAUACGAUCAGUUAAACCAGUCGACGAAGGGGAAUUCUGCUGACCCGGCGACUCCACCAUCAGCGAUUACAGGGACGAGUUUAUCUGCGCACGAUGCACCGCGACUUCGUAAUAAUAAAUGGAAACGCGUACGGUGACGUCGCCGAGUUGCUGCACUCGGUUAUGCACCGCUGGAUAUUUCGCCACCACUCCUGCAAUUCGAGUUCAUUGGCACAGGAGUGAGAAGAAGGAAUAAAAAAAGAAAAGCUGCCUUACCGGCACGCCGGCGAGCAGCACCGCCUGCAAAAACCCAACGACGCGUUCCUGCAGACUUCCUGGUUCCAGGAUCGUGAAAUAACGUCCAAAGUGGUCCAGGAAGCCGAAGAGGGAAAGAAGGUCUAACCAAUCCACCUAAUCCGACUAAUUACAACGGCGGAAUUAAAUUCAAAGAGGUAAGGACUUUUGGUUCCAGGAUCGUGAAAAACGUCCAAAGUGGUCCAGGAAGCCGAAGAGGGAAAGAAGAUGUAACUAAUCCACCUAAUCUGACUAAUUACAACGGCGGAAUUAAAUUCAAAGAGGUAGGAAGAAAAUACCGAAUAGGGAACAGCUGAUCGUGAAAUAACGUCCAAAAUGGUCCAGGAAGUCGAAGAGGGAAAGAAGAUGUAACUAAUCCACCUAAUCCGACUAAUUACAACGGCGGAAUUAAAUUCAAAGAGGUGGGAAGAAAAUACCGAAUAGGGAACAGCUGAUAGAGUCCAAGAGCGAAUAAUGGAGAAUCGGGGAGGUAAAUGAACGCUGCGAGGCAGUCACUGAUAACAAAAGCGAGAUAUCGCAACAUUUGUCGUUGCCAGCUAGCAAAGUUACAACAUUAACAUUCACGAUGCCGUGACGAGAGUCACGAGAGAGAGAACAUGUCGCCAUGUUCAGCAAUCCGGACUAUUUCAAAGUCCGGCGACUUCGUUCGGCUGGAUUUUAUGGGACUGAAAUGAUAAGCGGAUAUCAAAUAAGAAGUCGUUAAUAAAAUCCUGAAUCUCUGCGUCUGAGAUAGGAGAACAUCGAUACUGUUUAACGGAACGACUAGUUCCUCGAGAGCUUCGCAAAUAAUUAAUAACAAUUCGGGAGAGGAGUGAAAUUUAUAUCUUCGGCAGGAAUCAUCGCUGAGUGAUACUGAAGAAGGAAACAUCGCAAGACGCGGCGGAGUCAUCGACGUGAUUAGAAGGAUAACAAUCACCAGAGGCGGCCAUCUUGGAAUCUAUUAAGAUCUUAAACAAGAGUCUUAGGAUCCAAGGAUCCAAGGACCCGAGAAGACUCUCACCGAGGAUCUCCUCCAGCGGCGACGUGGCAAGUGUCACGAGAAAGUCUCGACAACUCGGUGGCCUGAUUUCCUCCCAGCUUGGAGAAUUCCGCCACUUUCCGGUAUCUCAGCAUUCCGAAGGAUAUCCUAGGUCGAGGAGCCCUGAGACAUCGGCAGGACACUUCGUAGGACCUAGGUGUUCCAAGGGAUACCGAAGAAGACACCAACGGGACACUUGGUACCUCAGGAUCCCAAGGGACAUCAGCGGGAGACUUUCUGGUACCCCAGGAUUUCAAGGGACACCCAGGCAGACAUCAGGACCCUACUCGGUACCCCAGAAUCCCGAAGGACAUCCAGCCAAACCCCAGCAGGACGACACGUUGGCGAUUCCUACAAGCAUAAGUGAUUACCCGAGGAGCACCAUCAUCCGGAGCCGGUAUCUCGGCAUCCCGAAGGAUGUCCUAGGUCGAGGAACCCUGAGACAUCGACAGGACACUUCGUAGGACCUAGGUGUUCCAAGGGAUACCGAAGAAGACUUCAACGGGACACUAUUUGGUACCUCAGGAUCCCAAAGACAUCAGCAGGAGACUUUCUGGUACCCCAGGAUUUCAAGGGACACCCAGGUCAUCAUCGAGACACCAACGACAUCAACGGGACACUAUUUGGUACCUCAGGAUCCCAAGGGACAUCUAAAAGGACAUCAGCAGGAGACUUUCUGGUACCCCAGGAUUUCAAGGGACACCCAGGCAGACAUCAGGACCCUAUUCGGUACCCCAGAAUCCCGAAGUACAUCCAGCCAAACCCCAGCAGGACGACACGUUGGCAAUUCCUACAAGCAUAAGUGAUUCCUCGAGGAGCGCCGUCAUCCGGAGCCCGCGGCAUCGCCGAACGGUUAAUCACCGCGUCGUGCAGCUCGUAAAGUGGAGGUACAUUGGCGUAGCCGAACAAGUGAACGGGAAUAAAAGGAUGUCUAAAAGCAAGGCUAUACUGGGUCACCGAGGAAGAAGUUAGACCUGGCGCUUUUGGGACCGCAGAAGCGGCCAGGAGUCGGCUGGGACGACCAAAAGAGCUCUCUUUAGUUUGGACUGGCGCCUCCACUUGUCAAAACGGUUGGCGUUUGAUUAAGCAAUGACGUGACCAGCGAGAACACGGGGACGCCGAUUAUUUAGGACCAAUCGAGUCCAGAGCCCUGACCGAAAAGCGUCGCGCCGAUGUGGAUCGCGUCGUUAGCAACGGUGCACGGAAGAUGGACAGUCCAUUGUGGUUUCGUAAAAAAUAGUGUUGUAUCGAGCUGUUGUCAACUCCAUUCCCCGAUGUCUGUUCCAUGGGCACUAUUUGAUCAGUUGGUAAAAUUGGAAGCCGAAUGUUUAACCGCGUCGUUCUGGCAGAACUCGAAAGUACAUACUGUCAUCCAUUACUAACAGAGGCCCUGAAUCUUUGGGUGUCAGUGAUAAGUGAAUUAGAUACCACGAUCCCAUUCGGCCAAUUAAGAGGCUCGUGACUCGAACCCUAACAGCGGCUGUUAGAUUUCGUCACUGGCAUCACGAGCGCAAUUAGACAUUUAAAAGAUACGGGGUAUUUCCUUCUCAAUCGAGUGGGGACACUUAUCUCGAUUAAAAGCGCCUAGGCAAUUGCCUAGGACCUAUAUGGGCCAACAUUCAAUGUCCAGUGGAUUAACCGCUACCGAGUAAAAAUCGACUGUCUACUAAAGCUAAGGAAAAGUACCUCAGACACCGAUUAAACUUGAAAUCCAUCAUCAGCGACCUAACCGUGGGGUUCCACCAGCGUGAAACAUUAUUGCGAGGACCAUUGGUGUUGGUCGACCAGUGGAAGACAGAAUCGAACCAAACUGCGCGACCAGCGAAGGGGAAACGCGAUCUAGUCGCGCAAAAUUGCAAGGUUGAUCCGCAAGAUUUGCAUAUAAGAUCAGCCUCAAGUUGGAGGCCAGCUAUCUAAGGCAUCAUAGACUAAUUAAGCGGUAAAUUCCGCUUCCACCGAAGUACCGAGGCCGUCGAUCGGUCCGAAGCAUUCGCAUCUGGAUCGCAGUCAAGAGUAGCAGUGUCCAGUGCUCCAUCAGCUUGAGAAGACUCUAAGAGAGGCUCCAGCCCACCUCCCGAGGGUAUCAAUUCCCAAUUCUGGUCCCUAUCUGGCUCCAAUCGACCGGGACAAUGGCAAGCGCGGAUCAGGACUUGGAGGAGCUGAUGUCCCACCUGGGAGAGUUUGGGAAAUACCAGGCCUGGCAGUUCUCCUUGCACAUCCUAGGUGCCCUAACGGCAGGACUGCACAUGAUGUCCCUGACGACGGUGGCAGCAGUGCCUCCCCAUCGCUGCAUCAGCGACCUGGCCAACGCAACCAUCACCUGGAGGGACGGAGCCGCGAGUCUCUCGGACCUGGACGGGACAUCCCGGGUGAUAGAGCAAACCUGCAGCUACUUGGACCUGGACAACAGGAGCUUGGACUGCGACUCCUGGUCGUACGACAGGACGUAUUUCCAGUCCUCCCGGGGUAUGGAGUGGAACUUCGUGUGUUCCAGGAGAUGGAUGGGCGCAGUAGCCCAGGCGACGUACAUGUUCGGGGUGUUCGUCGGUGCCGUGACCCUGGGCAGCAUGGCAGACAAGUACGGUAGGAAGACCAUCUUCUACGCGUCAGCUGUCGGUCAGCUGAUCCUAGGAGUAGGAGUCGCCCUGCUGACGGAGUACUACUCCUUCCUGGUGAUCCGUUUCCUGUACGGGGUCUUCGGCUCCGCCGGAGCCUACAUCACAGGAUUCGUCCUGACCAUGGAGCUGGUGGGUGCCUCCAGAAGAAGCGCCUGCGGGGUGGCCUUCCAGGCGAGUUUCGCGAUGGGCUUCAUGCUCGUCGCGGCCUGGGGAGCCUUCGUCGAGGACAGGAUGCUCCUCCAGAUCAUCUACGGUCUGCACAGUGCGCUGCUGAUAGGCCACUGGUGGCUGAUGGACGAAUCCCCCCGUUGGCUCUGGAUCCAGGGUCGCGUGAAGGAGGCUACGGAGAUCGUCCAGAAGGGGGUGCGGAUGAACGGCGACAGCUCCAAGAUCGACAUAGCCAGGUACGUAUCCAGGAACGCGUCUCGCCAGGCCUCCAAGGUGGAGAGAACCUACACCGCAGCUGAUCUCUUCAAGACUCCCAACUUGAGGAAGAAGUCCCUGAACGUCUGCUUGAACUGGUUCGCCAAUUCCAUCGUCUAUUACGGCCUCUCCCUGAACACCGGGAACCUGGUGGGCAAUCCCUUCCUGAUGCUGUUCCUGAUCGGCAUGGUGGAGCUGCCCAGCUACGUCCUGACGAGUCUGCUGAUGGACAGGACCGGGAGGAGGGCUCUGAUCAGCUGUUACAUGCUGCUGGGGGGAUUCUGCUGCAUCUGCGCAGCCUCCGUUCCUUCUAGCUUCCCUGGGGCACGUGUUAUCACCAUCACCGUCGUCAUGGUCGGCAAGGCCUGCAUCGCCAGUUCCUUCGGCAUCAUCUACAACUACACCGCGGAGCUCUUCCCUACUGUUUUAAGGAACACAGCUUUAGGAAUCGGGUCCAUGUGUGCUCGUCUCAGCGGUGCCCUGACCCCGUUGAUCAUGCUGCUCGAUUCGUUUGACCCCAAAGUCCCGGCGACCACCUUCGGCUUCAUUGCUCUCGUCUCCGGGUUCCUGUCGCUCUACUUGCCGGAAACCUUGAACCAACCCAUGCCGGAAACCUUGGAGGACGGAGAGAGCUUCGGAAAGGGGGACACUUGCUUCAGCAGGAAGAGCAAGAGGGCAUAUUCCAUCACUAUGAGACAAGUCGAUGACGAGGACUUGAAGAAGGCCGAGAGUCCAUGAGGACCCAGAUUAGGAAAGUCUUUUAGACCAGCUAGAUCGCCCGAUGACUUUAUACCUAAAAGUGCAAUUCCACUGUUCUCCGUUUAUUGGGCAUCGAGUUCUUCCCAACUCUUCGAGUUUUAACGUCGAUAGGAGGAGUCCAGGUACUUAGCCGGAAGAGAAUCUAUUUUUCCACGUAAUGUUUACACGUAUUCUAGGACGAGAAGGUGCUCGUCAAUUGCAAGUCUAACUCCGGACUUCACCUACAAAAGUUCCUUUUAAGGUUCAAGUUACCUAGCCGAAACUCCAGAUCGUCGACAAUGAGUUUUCCUAAACGUAAGGUAACAGAAUUGUUUACAGAUAAAGGUGCUACCUUUCUAUUACAUGUAUGUAACAAUGAUAUGUCUACGAUAAUGAACCUGUACUUUAAAUGUUCGCGUCAUCUGAGCUUCCAAAGUGGCGGCAAGUUGUUACAUUAAUAAAAUAUGGCGUUGAUAAAUUAAA